CAGCCAUCUUGAAGGCUACUAAAUGUUAUAGUCGCGCAAACCCGUCUCAGGAUGCCUGCGACAGAGGAAGAAAUUGCUUGGUUCCGCUCUACAUUUCAUCCCAUCCCGAAGCCUGCCUUGCCUGAUGACUGCAUCGAAUACUCCCUGUACAUAACUUCACCUGCCCUAGAUGCAAGCCAUGACUCGGAACUGCGACUGCGAUUGCGGGAGGUACAGAAGUAUGCGACGGAACUUCAUCGACAGUAUCUGAAAGAUUAUAUCUGGCAGCGCCAAGGUUUCUCCCUGGAGCUGAACAAAGAGGAUGGUGAGGACUGAACUUCUUGCGCGGACAAACCGAAUAUGGCGACUCUGUGGAAGACGAAUGGGUCAUAGUCUGGCUUCUAAGGGAGCUGACAAAAAAGUUCAAUGACCUAUGGGUCAAAGUCACCGACAGCGAUGGCGAGUUCCUCCUCAUCGAAGCCUCCGGUACAUUGCCUUCCUGGCUUGAGCCAGAUGUUGCCGAAAACCGUGUUUGGAUCCAUGAUGGACAGUUGAAGGUCAUCAAGCCAGCGAGCGCCUCGAGAAGUUCAAAGCGAACAGAGGAGAAAUUGUCGCUUGCGCAAGCGCGGGAAAUCAUUCUGAACGAGCCGAAGAGGUUGAUGCACUCGAUCAGCAUGGAGGAAGAAGCAUUCUUUCGGCUGCGCAACUAUCCCGCUCAAAUCUCAGAAAACAUGCAUCAUGCCUUGAUAACGAUACCACGGAAACUUGCAUAUUUGCUUCAUCAAAAGCCGGCGUACAUUGCACCCGCAGUGGAAGCAUUCUACCUCAGAGAUCCUAUCGCGCUCAAACCACUCCAAAACAAAGACAACAAAGAUAAAUUGAUUUUCAUACCUCAAGAUUUUGUGACAGUGAGCGUCAAGUUCCCUCGCGUGGCAUAUGCGCAAGUAAAGUCACAGGAAUUCCCGGCACCUGCUGUCUUUGCGGACGCCAUGCCAUCAGGAACGGAUCCAAAGGCAUAUGUUCGCGCCGAAACCGGGAUGAAAGUCACUUGUGGAUUUGAAAUGCUAAUCUCGGACUCUCAGUAUCAAGAUCGACCUGCGGUGCGUGAAAUGAAGAUGCUCCUAGAUGAUCUUGAGUCUGGGGAUGAGGUGCUACCAUCGGAUACUGAAUUAGCAACGUGGAGUCACCAAGAGGAUGAUGAGAAGUGGCUCGAUAUCAGCUUCGACGAACUCGAGAAUGAGCUUGCUGGGCGCAAAGGGCACACCGGGGAUAGGGGCAAGAAGACCGGCUUUGGCGAUAAGGCAGCACAGGAGAAUCUACAAAGAAUAGUGAAGCAAUUUGAGGAGUUCUUGAAUGACGACAAUGCCGGUCCAGACGGCGCGGGCUUGUUCGGUGAAGGCAGUGAUGAUGGUGUUGAUGAUGACGAGCUCGACGAAGAUGAUGAUGAGUUUGACGACGAGGGCGAGGAUAAAGAGGCUAGCUUUGGUGAAGACGAAUUCAGCAAGAUGAUGCAGGAGAUGAUGGGCAUGCCACCGGAGGUGAUGAAGGAGAUUAUGAUGGGAGAACUUGGCCCGGGUGCCCAGGACCCGGGCCAUCGAUCCACGCUGAGACCCCCCGCAACCAGGACAGGCCCAGUCCGAGACAUGAACAGGAUGAAUGAUGAUGAGGUAGACAACGAAGCGGACCUGCUGAGCUUCAUGAAACAAAUGGAGGCAGAGCUUCGAGGGCAUGGUGCACUGGACCUCGGAUCGUCCUCCUCUGGCAAUAAGCAGAGAGCGAUCCAAGCUUCUACGUCAAAGGCUGGGAAGGAGCAUGAUGAGGAAGACGAAGUUUACGAGUUGUCCUCAGAUGAGGACAUCGACAAUGAAAUCGACGUCAACCUGGCGAAGAAUCUCUUAGAGAGUCUCAAGGCGCAGGCUGGCAAGGCGGGGCCUGGUGGCAAUCUCAUGGGCAUGAUGGGAUUGCGGAUGCCGAAGGACGAGCCGGAUGAAGACGACGACGAUAACCAGGCUGGACCCAGCGGAACACAGGGCAUGACGGGCGGGAUGCCGAGGAUUGAAGAGCUGAAGUAGAGUAACAAAACAACAUAGGCCGAAAGACUUGAAUCUACAACAAAUGGCAACCAAUUCAUAUCAAUAUCCAUCCCUCCCUUCAACGACCCCG